AUGACGACAAAAGGUGGUCGAAAUCGUAACGGUGGUGGUUAUUCCGACGACGACGAUGAUUCGCAUAACAAAUCUCAACAACAUCAGCGUUCAUCAUCGUCUCGUCAUCAUCAUCAUUACCGUCAUCAUCAUCGUAGUGACCGUCGGUACGUUCAACAACCAAAUCAAUCUUUCCAACAACAAUCCUACGAUCCGAAUAAACGUCGAAAAUUAGGCGGUCUCAAUGAUGAGGAAUUAACAGAAGAUAAACUACAAAUAGCUUUGUUCACAUUAGGACAAAAGAUUGAUUCAACACUCGAACAAACUCUACGUGAUCUUUGUACAACUCUUUGCAACGAUCUAUCGAAACAUAAGAAAACCAUUUUCGAUAUUCUCAAUCAAUGUAUACAACUAGUACCCGAACGUGUAACCAUCUAUUCAACAUUAGUUGGUCUGUUACAUGCAUCUGUGAUUACAUUUGGCUCGGAUUUUCUUGAUACAUGUGUCAGUGCAUUCAAGGAGAGUUUAUUAUCGUACAAAUUCGAAAUCAUUCAACGUUACAUCCGCUUCUUCUCGGAUCUUGUCAAUGUCAAACUUCUCUCACCAUCUUCAAUCUUAGCAUUGUACGAUACAUUAAUUGAAGCUGCCACAGAAACCAAUAUACCGCAAGUUCGAACGGAUUUUUUUGUCUCAUGCGUUUUAAUUGCUCUACCCUAUUCGGGUAAAAUUCUGUCGGAAAAAAACAACACAGAACUAAGCCGGUUACUCUAUACCAUUGAUAAAUACAUCUAUAAUCGAUCGAAAAUUCAUACGCCAAUCCUUCAAGUUUGGUCAUCGAUGGAACCGCAUCCUCAAGAAGAAUAUCUCGAUUGUUUACUAGCACAAAUCAAACGUUUAAAUCAAGAUGAAUGGGCAGAAUCGCAAAUCUUUCGGCCGUAUUAUUCCUAUGCAGAUACGUUAUUUAGCGAUGUAUCUGCCUCGAUCGUACAUGAUCUGCCAACGUUAAAUAUUCCUGAACAUCGAGAUGGAAUCAUCUAUCCACCACCGAAGAUUGUUUUUCGCAUGUUUGACUAUACCGACGUACCUGAAGAAUUUGUUUUACCAGGUGCACAUGCCAUCGAACGAUACCUGAUCGAAGAUGAAAUAUCUAAUAUUUUGCAUACAUAUCAUACCGAGAGAAAAGAUUGUGCGGUGCAAUUGACGCAGAUUCGCUCGAACAAUAAAAUACCAUUGAAUUAUAUGAUUGUAGAGGUGAUUUUUGGUCAUUUGUUUAUGUUACCACGUCCGCAUCAUUUAGAAUUAUUCUAUGGUUCACUGUUACUUGAAUUAUGCAAACUACAACCAUCGACAUUGCCACCGGUGUUAGUUCAAGCGGUUGAAAUGAUCUUCGAACGUUUAAAUACGAUGAAAACUGCCUGUAUUGAACGUUUUGUCAAAUGGUUUUCUUAUCAUUUAUCAAAUUUUCAAUUCACAUGGGCAUGGCAAGAUUGGAUUGACUGUUUAGAUGAAAAUCCUGAAUCGCCCAAGAUCAAAUUCAUUCGCGAAACAUUACAACGUUGCAUGCGACUCUCUUUUCAUCAACGUGUUAUCGAAAUUGUUCCCGAACAAUUCUAUAAACUCGUACCAAAUAAACCAUCACCAGUGUUCAAAUUCGAAGAAAAUGAUGCACCUGUUUUCGGUUCGGAAUACGCUCAAUUACUGGUGAAAAAGAUCAAAGAACGAGCUCCGGCGGAAGAUAUUCUUCGCAUAUUAAACACAGUUCCAAGCCCGUCGAAAGACGAUUCGAGUCUGGUUACACCGUCGUCAUCAACAGUCACUCAAUCAUCGAACGAAUUGACUUAUACUAUGGUACAAAUUGACAUAUUUGUCUCUUCACUUCUUUGGGUCGGAUCAAAAUCAUUUACACAUUCGUUUGCAGCUUUGGCUAAAUAUCAUCAAUUGUUCAAAAUUCUUAUUGAAAGUGAAGAACAACAGAUUCAAGUACUCAAAUCCAUGUAUGAAGUCUGGCCAAAUCAUCAACAGAUGAUGGUGGUUUUGGUCGAUAAAUUAGUUAAAACACAAAUUGUUGAAUGCUCGGCAGUUGCCAAUUGGAUAUUUUCCAGUGAACUGGGUACUGAAUUAACGAACUUCUACAUUUGGGAGAUUCUAUCGUCGACUAUUGAGAAAAUGAAUCGACAAGUGGAAAAACAUCAUAAUGAAUUAUUAGACUUACGUCGUCAGUUGAAUAUUUCUACAACUGUUCAAUUGGCAUCGAGUGCAUCGUUACAGGCAGAUUCAAUGCCAACUGAGGCAGCAACUGCUUCUUCAAUCGAUGAGAAGCCUUCGGACGAUGCUAAAAUGGAUGAAGGUGAAACAUCAAACAAUGACGAAGAAAAGUCGAAAUCGAGCAGUUUAAAACGACGACGAGAAAGUGACGACGAUGAAGAUGAUGAUAACGAGCGCAAAGAUUCAGCUGAAAAAAUGCAAAUCUCACAGCCACCCAUAGAUGAAGCCACAGCUAAAUUACAGGAAAAAUACGAAAUGGUUGAAGAACGUCUAUCUCAUGCGCGUGAACAACAAAAGAAACUUUAUCUCAUUGUAUUUCAACGUUUUAUUAUGACAUUGAGUGACUUUCUGAAUGAAUGCGAAACCAAAAAUGUUGAUCCUGUGUCAACACCCUGGCUUAAAUGGAUCAUGGAACGCUUGCAAGAAAUCUUUCUUCUGUACCAUGAACAAGUGUUCCAAUAUGUUUCUACAUUUGAAUCAUUGAUUUUCACAUCGGAUAUUGACUUUUCCAUACUGGAAGUAUUCCAACAAUUCUGUGCUCUACGUGCUUAG